UGAAUUGCAAUUUUUCAAAGGUCACGUUACGCUACAACAGCCUGCUUAGCGAAUGAAAAAAAGCAGUUCCUGGCUAAAAGGUCUUUUUUGUCAUAAGAAUCAUCAUAAAUUCCAGAAGAGUAUUGAUUCGAAUAAUGUUGAUUGUGAUAAGAGAUCGAAUUCGAACAACAUUAAACCGUUAGAACAGGAUGGAAGUGUCAAAGAAACUUUAUCUUUAUCAACUACUAGCCAGACUCCCGGUUUGGGGGAUGGGGGCUCAGCCAGCCUUGGCGACUGGUCUGCAGUGCACCAAGUUGAUUGUAUCGAUAACUCUAAAGUGAAUCUCUUGUGUGACGGCAGUCAUAACAGUGCCUCUGCUAUAAUUAGUUUUCUAAAUCGAGCAGAGUUUUGUGACCGCUUGGAGUCCAUAAUAGCUCGGUUGGAAAAAGUUGCUCAGUUAGGUUUGGAAAAAACACCUGGGUUGGUUGCUUUCGAAUCACUAAUGGCAGGAAGUCUGAAAAAUUAUUUAACGUGCAGUAAAAAACUUGGUGGCAAUAUACAAUCCCAAUCAUCAUGCGUUUAUGAAGCCUUUUGCUUUGUUAGAGAUCUUAUUCAGGACUCCAUGGUAUACAGGAAACCAAAUGAAACAGAAAUGGAUAUCCUUUUGAAAAAACUUGACUUUAAAUUGAUAGAAAUUGCAAACUUCAGCGUCGAAGCCUUAUCUGUUAGAAAGUACCAGUUAUCAACUGUUGCAGACUCAAUGCUGAUAUUGAACUGGGUUGAGAAUUCAUCGGCGUCUCAAUACGUUAAAGAAAUGAAGGAUUCUGCAUGGCUGUAUGCAAACAAAGUUGUCCAAUACUGCCGUAAGAGCCUUCCAGAGCAUGUUGAGUGGAUACGUUCGUGGCUUGCGUGUCUGGAGGAAUUAUGCCUACUAGUUGAUGAACAUUUCCCGUAUGGUUUGAAGUGGAAUAGUAAUGGUCCAAAACUACCUUUACCAACUGUUGAAAUACGUCCAGUUCAACGUUUACAACCCAACUGCAAUCCUACUUUGCCCUGUAGAACUUCUUCAGCAGAGAAUCGCCGCGCAAAAAUGUCGAUGCCUUCACAGUCAACUUCACCUGAUCUGGCUCAGUUAUUCUCUGAGUUGACAAGUGCUCAUAAAAAUCUCCGGCAUGUCAGUGUACCUGAUAUACUAUAAUGAUGAUGAUAUCUCAGAAUGCAGAUAAACUGACUCACUUAAUCAGAUCAUAGUGUGUGUGUGUUCUCCAAUCAACAAAUGUGCCUUUUCUUGAGGAUAAUACUGUGCAGCUUUGAAUAAUGCUGUUCUGUUUUUAUUGGCUAUCAAUAGAAUACUACGAAUAAAUAUAUACAUGCAUUUAUUAUAUAUACACUACCCCGUUAAUUAUUCUUCUAUUCUACAUUCAUUUUUCUCAUCACCGAAUACACCGAAUAAAAUAUUCUUUUUCAUUUUUGUUUUAUCUUGCUUCUAUAAUAAUAAUAAUUAUUAUUAUUUUUCCUACAUGUACAGUAUAUCGCUUUCAGAACCUCAAUUAUAUACAAAUAAACCAAUUGCAUG